AUGUCUCCGCCACUGGAAGGUUUGCGUGUCAUCGAGCUGGCAGGACUGGCCCCAGGCCCCUUUGCCGGCAUCCUUCUUGCCGACUACGGCGCCUCCGUUCUCCGCGUGGAUCGUCCGGGGAUCGCCACUACCCCCACAGUCGAUCCUCUGACGCGACGUAAAUUGUCCGUCCAAGUCGAUCUCCGCGAUCCAUCCUCCCGAGAAAUCCUCUUUGCGCUUCUCCAAUCCGCCGAUAUCCUGAUUGAUCCAUUCCGUCCCGGGGUUCUCGAGCGUCUCGGCCUCUGUCCGUCCACCGUGCUGUUGAAACACAACCCCCGCCUCAUUAUUGCACGGAUGACCGGUUUCCGUCGCGAUGGGAAGUACCAAGAUAUGGCGGGGCACGAUAUCAAUUUUAUCGCCGUUUCUGGUGUCCUGUCCAUGCUGGGCCGCGCCGGCGAUUUGCCGUAUCCCCCAGGGAACAUUCUUGGAGACUUUGCCGGGGGCGGUGCGAUGGGUUUCUUGGGCAUUCUGUUGGCCCUGGUGGCACGGAGCGUCACCGGUCGUGGGCAAGUAGUCGAGGCCAACAUGGUGGAUGGCUCUGCAUAUCUGGCCACUGGACCCCGGCUUUUACGACAGGGUCCGUUAUGGGAUGAACCCAGGGGGAAGAACCUUCUCGACGGGGGGUGUCCCUAUUACAGUGUCUAUGAAACCAAGGAUAAGGGACGGUAUUUUGCUGUGGGGGCAAAUGAGUCUCGGUUCUAUGAAAAGCUCAUCCAAGGGCUGGGACUGUCAGUGGCUGAGCUUCCAGACCGGGAGGUCAAAGCCCACUGGCCCGUGUUGCGAUCCAUGUUUCAAGAGAAAUUCUAUGAAAAGACGCGAGACGAAUGGGAAGCGGUCUUUGACGGAACAGAUGCGUGCGCGACGCCGGUGUUAGAACAGGAUGAGUUGGAGACAGAUCACUUUGAACAGCGCCUGCCGGUACGUCUGGUCGACACCCCGGGUCUUCCCAUCCAAACCGAUGAGGGAGGCUGGUCCGGCGGCGGUUUAGUGCCUGGCCAUGGGACACAGGAGAUCUUGGCAUCGUGGAUGGGUUGGGAGUAUGAAAAGGAUUUCAGCAUAAGGGAACAUGAUGGCGCUCUUACCCCGGCUCAUGGGAGUUUGAAAUCAAGGUUCUGA